AUGCCCGACGAACGCGCGACGGAGACGCAAAAACACCCCCGCAUCGGCGUCGGCGUCAUCAUCCGUCGCGAAGACGGCCGCAUCGUCGUCGGUCGUCGUCGCGGCUCGCACGGUUUGGGACAGCUCGCGCUGCCCGGUGGCGCUUUAGAGUGGAAAGAAUCCAUCGCGCAGUGCGCGAGUCGAGAGACGAUGGAGGAGACGGGUCUGGACAUCGCGCCCGAGGCGUGGAUCGCGCCGUUCGCGAUGUGCGAGUCCGUGAUAGACGAGAACAAUCAUUGGUUGACGGUGUUCGCGCUCGCCGACGUCGCCGCGGACUGCGAGCCCGCGAACGUCGAACCGCACAAGUGCGAGGGGUGGACGUUCAUGUCCAUCGGCGACGUGCGCGAGGCGGAUAAUUUGUUUUUACCGCUUCGGAAGCUCGUGAACGAUCGCACGGUGGCGCUCUAG